AUGGCGACCAUCACUCCAGAUCGGCCGCGCACACGCGCGAAGAAGGCAUGCUUGGCAUGCAACGCUCGUCGCGUGCGAUGUAAUGUGCUUGAGAUGCAGCCAUGUCGCAACUGCGUGGCCUGGAAUCUCUCCUGUGAGCUAGGAGUAUCCCGAAGGGGAAAAUACCCGCGCCGAAAGAAAAAGGCCUCCACAGGAACUACCGAUGAGCCUAGCAGCAUGCCAGCCACAGGGCUGGUAGGGCAACUGACGCAGCAUCAUACCCCGCAAGAUCGCUCCUCUCACUAUACUCCGUCAACGCAUCCUGUUAGGCCCGAAAAUCCUAUCCAUAAGACCGUCUUCCUCGGCGAAUCGAGUCCCUUGACUUGCGUCGUAGAUGAGGGCCAACGGUCUCCGGACAAAGGAUACGCACGCGGACCCCAGAAAGGCCGUCUUCAUUACUCCAUCUCCGAACUUCGCGCCUCUGUAGAUUCGAAUGAGGAAUCUCUUGGCCAGCGUCGGAAAUCUCUUCAAGAGCGUCUCAUUCAGGAGAGUGCUUUGGUCUUCCCGUCGCCAACCAUCUGCGAAGUUCUUCUUCAAGCAUACUUCGAAUGGUUUCAUCCUUGCUUUCCAAUUAUUGAUCGCGCUCAGGUCCAAAAUGACUAUCACGAUAAUACAAUAUCGCCAUUACUUCUGCAAGGGAUGCUUUUUAUCGGAGUGAGCUUAUGCUCCGACGUGGCGUUGGGCGCCACGGGGUUUGAAAAUCGAUACCAGGCCAAAGGCUUAUUUUACCACCGCGCCAAGGAGAUAUAUGAUGUUGGAUGGGAGGCUGACACAGUUAUCAAGCUCCAAUCGUUGUUUCUUCUGAGCUUUUGGCGGGGAGGGCCGACUGAAGAAAGAGAUGUACGGUAUUGGCUUGGUGCAGCUAUUGAUUUGGCCCAAAAGAAGGGCAUGCAUGUGAUGUCAAAAUUGCCUUUUCUGAGAGUCCGAGACCAGAAGUUGUGGAAAAGGAUAUGGUGGGCAUUAUAUGUAAGCACAUCUUCCUUGGGUGAUUCAAUUUCCAAGCUCAUGAAGCUGGAGGUCCGUGAUCAACAAACCUCGGCGGCACUGGGAUUGCCCUCCAGGAUCCGAAAUGAAGAUUGCGAAGUCGACGAGCUCGAUGAGUUAGAUUUCAAGGAAAACGACCCUGUCAACACUUCGAAUAUCUUUAAAACGCCUCCCUCUGCGCAUGUAUCGUAUGUCAUUGGGAUGGCCCAAUUGGCGAAAUUAUGUAAGACGACACCCAACGACAUACAAAACCAAAACAAGGAUCAUGAAGCUGAAAUACUCCUUCUAGUACGAGCGGUGGUCUGCAGUCAGUAUUUACCAGGAAAAUCGAAACUGGACAACCCUUCUCGCCCGAACCUCCACCAGCGACUUUUAGACUGGGAAGAAAGGUUACCCCCGGAAAUGCAUUUCCAACCCUCCAUGAGCAGGGAUGUGAUGUUUCUUGUUGGCAUGCUCCACAUGGCAUACAAUAACCUCUAUGUUUUGCUGUAUCGACCCAUGUUUCUACAACCGCCGAACGUAUCAUCCAGCUCAGACGGAAAUAUCGCUUUGGAAGCAGCUACCCGGAGUACGCGAAUUCUUGAGGAUAUGCUCUCAGAGAACCUGGUACAACAUGGAUCAGUUCACCUCAUCACUCAUACAUUUUCUGCUUUGUGUAUUCACACCAUUCAUUUUGGAAGAAUGACCAGUACUGCAAAGAAACUGGCGGAACACCGGGCCAAGCUGUGUCUGCUUGGGUUGAAAGAGCUUCAGAAAUCCUGGGAUCUGGAGAAUUGGGUCUUAGAUCUCUUUUUUCGGUGUUUAGACGAUCGCACGGCCCGAAAUCUUCGACUGGGUGACGUCGGGAUGCCGACCUCUUCACUGAAGGAGCCACAAAUACUAGAAGCGGCAUUUGCCCACGCUCCAGGUAGCCCGAUGACCCAACCAAUCUCUCCAAAUCCGAACACUAGCGGACUGGCUACAGUGCAAACGACAGCUCAAUUGGAUUCAAACCCAGUUGAUGAACCAUCGAUGAAUAUGGAUUGGUAUGAGUUGUUCAAUGUCGAAGGAAAUGACUUUGUGGGACUGGCAGAUACAUUGACAAAUCCGGAUUAUCUCAACGCUCAAAAUCUGGAGUUUCUGUAUCGCUUUCUCUAG